AGCGUUGUUGCAAGACAGGGCUGAGACUUGGGAUGGGACGAUACUGGGGGAGGUUAGAAUUUGCUCACGGGCUAGGCAUUCGUGUAGGUGGCACAUAACUAAGCCAGAACCAUGCCAGGUGCUGUAGAACAGAUACCAUCGACUCCCAGUCCUGCUAUGGGCUAAAAGAUGCUGAGUGUGUGCCUGCCUAUGCCUUGCUAAAGACCAAGCCUUCUUGGCACUUCUCCCUUCUUUGAGCAUUAACAAAACUUUAGGAGCCCUAGGAUUUAAGUCAUGUAUUUCCAGCCCUAUUGAAGCAGGGAUGAUUACUCAGUAAAUGGGAAGUUUUUAAAAAAAGAGAUAGAAACUAGUCGUGGAAGCGAUUGCUAAGAAGGUCAACCUCUUUUUGGCCAGGGUGAUCCCUGAAAGGCACAGAAGACUGUAACUCAAGGAAAAGGUUCCAAGACCGAGAGGAUACAAUGUUCACUAAACUGUUCCAGCAUUGGAGUUUCGCAGUCUUCCUGCUGAGUUAUUCUGUCCCCUGUUAUGGGAGAUCACUAGAGGGGACCAGCCGCAGACUCAAAAGAGCUGUAUCAGAGCAUCAGCUACUGCAUGACAAAGGGAAGUCUAUCCAAGAUCUACGAAGGAGGAUCUUCCUUCAAAAUCUUAUUGAAGGUGUUAACACAGCGGAGAUCCGGGCUACUUCAGAAGUUUCUCCAAACCCCAAGCCUCCGACUAACACAAAGAACUACCCUGUCCGAUGUGGCAGUGAAGAUGAGGGUAAAUACCUAACUCAGGAGACAAACAAAGCUCAGACAUACAAAGAGCAGCCCCUGAAGACAUCAGGAAAGAAGAAGAAACCAAAGCCUGGAAAACGCAAGGAACAAGAAAAGAAAAAGAGGCGAACCCGCUCAGCAUGGCCAAAUUCUAGAGGGUCUGGUAAUGGAGAUGAAGGGGUCCCCCUCUUGGACAUCUCUGGUACUACACAUGAUCACAAUUUAAGGAGGCGUUAAAUUUUCAGUUGAGAUCUUUGGAAAACAUAUCGCAGAAUUCUGUAAUAGUGAACAUAUGGAAAGUAUUAGAAAUAUUUAUUAUCUGUAAAUAUUGUAAAUGCAUUGAAAUAAAACCGCCUCCCCCAUUGCUCUCUGAAACUGCACAUUUGGCUAUUGUGAAUUUUUUUUUUUGGCUAAGGCUAAGUCAAUUAUUAUUGUCACAUUUACCAUAAUUUAUUUUGUUGAAUGGUGUAUUUAUUUUGUUAAAGUAUCUUGGUGCUGCUGACUUUCUAUACAUAUAUAUAUAUAUUGUAACAUAAUGCACUUUAGAUAUACAUAUCAAGUACAUUAAUAACUGACAUAAUAAGAAAGUGUUCCUCUUUUGUGGUUGAUUUUAAAUGGAUGCCUAUGAACAAUUGUUCAACUGAUUUUCCUCUGUGCAUGUAAAAUAGCAAUAUUUUAAAAUUUGUAAAGAA